AUGCUUGUCAUUACAGAAAACACAUUCGAAAAAACCAACAACCCAAAGUAUCCAAGAGGGAGCAAAGUGUCCAUCAAAAGAAACAACUCCAAAGUGAAAGUCAUAUCAAACAGAAUCACUCAAUAUUGUGGAGACAUAACAAAAAGCAAAAGGGAGUUAAUAAAAACACGUAAGUUCAUAAGGGAAAGUGAUAAGUUAAAGUACCAUUAUCUAUAUGCAAGAAAACAUUUAUACAAUGGAAAACAUGGAAGGAGAAUAAAACUUGUUUCCGUAGAAAAAACAAAAAAUUUAAAUCAUUUGGACAAAUUGUCCAAAAGUAGAAAGAAAAAAAAUCAAGUCAUAGCAAGGAGAGUUAACUAUAAUGUAAUCUUAAAAAAUGCGUAUAUAAAAAAUGUUCCAUAUGAAACAAAUUCCUUUUUAGUACAUUUAAAAGGCAAGAGAAGGAAAAGCCACAUUAAGAGAAACGCUCGAAAGGAUUUCUCAAGUGUCCGGGCAGUUGCUUUGGAGGAAAAGGCUAAAGAUAUAGAUGGGAGACAGGCCCUCAGUCUGCAUCCACUAAGGGACGCGUUUCACUUUAAGGUAAAAACAAAUCAUCACCAUGUAGGUAACCCUAAUGUCGCAAAGAAUGAACAGUUUGGUGAUGUAGAAGUAAAUAGGGCAGAUUUAUAUGGCAUAAUUGGGAAUAAUUCCGCGUUAGACAUGCUGACCGUGGUCGCAAACAGGGAGAGGCAACAUCCAAAUAGGCACCCAAAUAGGCAUCUAAAUGGACAUCUAAAUGGGCAUCUAACCGGAAAGGCACUUGUCAACACAGGUAGCAUGCGAAAAUUAACAACAAAUAGUUUAAUAGAUUCCAUUAUUAGUUUAUCAAACGAGCUGAAUAAGACAAGCGAGAUAAAAGACGAUUCCAAAAAUGAGUACGACAAAAGUGUACUACAUUAUGUGAACAAAAUUUUGAGUGACCACAAUUUCCAUUACGACAUCGUUAGUAGUGUAAAUAAGAACGAAAUAAAGGAGUUAAAAAGGAAAGUAAAAAAAUACAAUGACAUACCAAACUUUUAUUUUAGAAAACUGUUUAAGCAUAUACAGCAGAAAAACGAGAGUAGUCGUAUGGGCGGCAAUUAUUUGCAUACCACACACUGUUAUAAUAGUGAUUAUGACGUUCAUUACGAUGCUAGAGGCAUAUCGAGUAGUUGUAAGAGGGGAAAUAAUGAACACAUACAUGAUAAGAAAAAACAGAGAAAACAAAAAAACCCUUCCCCUUCAUAUUACACAUACCAACGUUGCCAUUCGGAUAAUUAUUUUUCAGAAAAUAUAAAAAAAAAACAAAAGGGUCACCUUUAUCAGCCUGUCAACCCUGUUCAGCGCGCAAAUUUGAGAAAACAAGAGAGGAGUAACUCUUUGAUGAGAAGGAUAGGGAUAAGGACGACAAGUAAGCACUUUACCAAUUUGAAUCCCCCUUUGAACCACCAAAACGUGGGCGCGAGGGGUGACCACUCCAAAGUGGGGAAUGCAUAUGCGAAAGAAGGAGUAGUAGAUAUUAAGAAGAAGAUAUAUGUGGGGGAAAGAGCAGCCAGCGGCAAUAAUGGCAACGCCAGUGCUACUGUCACUACCCUAUGCAACCAAAUCAAGCACGGGAAUCAGGAGAAAGAGAACAUAUUGUUGUUUGUGACGAGCGCACCAAAUGACCAUAAGAAUAAUAUUCAUUCGGACAGCAACCAACUACAUUGCAUCAAAAAGUACACGUCUAUUUUUACAGAACAGAAGAAGCAUAUCCCCAUAAGAGAGAACCAUUUGUACUAUAAUAAGUUGGAGAAGGACUACCCGUCAAUAGAAAAUACCGACUCAGGUAAAUCUCCCAAGACAGAGCAAAGGCUUCGCCACAUAAAUUUAAAAAACGAAAAGUGGACAGCGUUUAUUGUGCACAAAACAUUGAGUGUGCACGAAAACGUGCUUCUGUGCAGUGAGAAAAAGAAGCUACACGAAAGAACAUAUAAUUUAAGCAGCUUCAAGUUUUCUGAAAAUAGGGAUAGUAGUUGUAUGCUUUCGCAUGUAGCCAAUGCGAGUAUUGCCCCUAGUGUUAUGAGUAGCGCUGCUACUAGUACUCUGAGGAAAAAUUCCUUCCAGGGGGUCCCAGGCGUUGUUACGAAGUAUGCACCGGUUCAUAUGAAUAGAGCUGACCGUAUUAGAAAUGAUGAGUUCAUAUUUAACACUAGUGAGACGCAGAAUGCUCGGAGUGGCAUCCCAAAUGACAGGGGGGAAAGGGAAAAUGGUAGAUGUAGCUGUGGCACUUGUGCGAACGUGUACAACGAGUGCACAUUUAGCCUAAACAAUGUUAAGAGAAAUGAUUCGUUGAUCAACUCCACCGAUGCUAAUGCUAGUGACAACGUAUAUUUUAGUGCAGACAAUCAUAGUAAUCACACCAUGAGCAGCCUCCACUGCAAUAAUGUACAGUGCGUGAGCAACUGCUGUCGCAGUUCUUUCAAAAGCAGCUACAAGGAGCAGAGUAUCAUUUCUACCCUUAGCAAUUCAAUCAGUAGGCAUCGUAAGGAUAGAUGUGGAGUUGCACCCCAAGGCAAAGAGAGGAAAGAUGAUAAUUGCGCCAUUCCUAUUAUCCCUUUUCAGCGGAGCGUCAAGACCAAAGUUGUAGACGCUGAUGCUGGUGUUGAAAGGGACAAUACGGGAGAUAAGCAGAAGAUAAGAAGAGAUCCCCCUCAAUUGGCACUAAACAAUUUGGAGGACCACAAAAGUCUGAGGUCAAGCGUAAACUCACUAACCAGCGCGGAAUUGAUAAAAACGCCCGUGGUAUCAAAUAUACAGAGCAGCAGCCAUUUUGAGGGGAUUGCCAAGAUAGACGAAAACGACAGUACCUCCUUUUGCAUCUUCAAGACGAAACACAGAAGGGAAAGGCCCUCAAGUAAAACGCCCCUAAUUGUUGACAUUCCGAAUUUGCGCAACAAAACUAAUGACAUUGAUUUUGUAGCAGAAGGUAGAAACAGGGUAAACAACUUUGCUUACAAUAAUAAAGACAAAAAAAUGAAUAACAAUGAUGAUCAAAAUUUUUUGGUUGAAGAAUGCUUGAAAAAAUGUUUGAAGGAAAAUGCAUCAAAAUUUAGAACGAAUGAAGAUUAUGAAAGGUAUUGCAAUGAAGACAAGAUACUAAAUCCGGAUUACGUUCCGCAAGAGUCUAAAAGACUUGGUGAAAAAUUUUUACAGAGUCACAAGGACAAGUUUGCAUCUUACGGCAACUCUAGUUUUCAUUAUCAACCCUACAUGAGCAAUGCAGAAUGUGGAAAUAGUUGUUUUAAGCAGGACCCACCUGGAUACAACCUGUACAACGAUCCAAAUGCGAAUUUUAUGAAUAGUAUGAAAAUUAAUGUAUUCAACAAUACGGCCUCUCAGAAUACGUCUAAUAGCACUUUUAAUAACGUUGGAAUUUACAACAACAGUCAUAUCAAUUCUAUCAACAAGGAAUAUUACAUGAAGAAGGGAACGGAUUACAGCAAUGAUGUGUUCAUAAAAUACUAUGAGCAGUAUGCAAAUAAAGAGAAUGAUAAGAAUGAAGCAAAGAAAUUUAAUUACACAGAUUGUUACGAUUUUAAGAAUACCCUUCUUAAUGGACUAAGCAGAGAAGACAGCUUCGGUUCCGAUGAUGAUUUAAAAAAUGAAGACAGUGAAAUAAAUUUUCUAAAAGAUUCUUUAAACUCAUUUGAUAACUUAGAAUCUACAGAAAAAAAAUAUGAAGAAAUAUUACGAGACUUUAAUGGGAAAAUACCUCUAUUGCAUAAGGUGUUGAAACCCUUGCCAGUGAAAAAUCGAUCAAACAACUUUGACAUUUGUCUGUACCUACUUCAGAAGCAUGGAGGAGAUUUAAACAAUGAAGAAAAUAUUUGCAUAUUAAGGGACAAAGAAAUUGUUCAACAUAGUGCUAUUUAUGAUGCUAAAAAAGGGUGUAUAAAGAGUAAUAUAACAAAUGUAACAAAUAUAAAAUUGUAUAACCCCAAGUGGCAUAACAAGAAAAAAAUAGUGGAAAGGUUGAAAGAACAAAGUUGUUUUAAUCCCUUCACGAUAUUUGGAUCUGCUCCAAGUUUGCUCGAUUUUGAUGAAGUGUUUGACAAAGAUGUGUAUAAUAAAUUCGUUUCAAGGAACAGCCGUAAAUCCCAUUCUCUUCUACGGAUACUAGCAAAACAGAAAGUGAUUAACAACCUGAAUGACAAAAUAACGGAUAAGGAAUGGCCACAAGUACAUGCAUAUUUAAAAAAAAGGUGGAGUAAAGAAACAAACAUUGAACUGAACUGGGCAUGCGAUCCUUUACUGUAUGAAGAACUGGAGUGGUAUUUGAGCACAAAUAAUCAAUACCUAAACAUGACUGACAAGGUUGCGGAUAUUGAGGUUUGUUACUGCCCUACUCUGGAUCCUAGUUCGUAUUAUGCAUGGAACGACUCCAGGGUUAUAUACACCAACUUGUGCUACAACAAAUCGAAGGAAGAUGCUGAGUCGACUAGCCAUUCUGUGAGGGACAAGUAUUAUGUAGGGAACAAGAACGCAGAACUGAAAAAUAAAGAUAAGCAGGUUUCCUUUAGAAAGAGGGCAAGCGGGUGUGAGCAUCUCAUGUUUCAGCAGAACCUGAUGAAACAGAAAAAAUUAUCCAAAAGGAAGAAAAAACUUUUAAAAAAGAAAAAAAAAAUGCUCAAGGAGAAGAACCAAUUAUUGAGGAAGCAAAGUAGACGGUUUGGCGCAAACAACGAUGUGGAAGCUGUAGACGUGGAAACAGCAGACACAGCUGAUGCAGCAUCGUCGGGAGUUUUUUACAUGGAAACAAAAGAGGGAUAUGAAAAUGAUUACAAACAUGUGUAUUCCUCUCAGCAUAACAACACGAAUUUUUCAAAUGACCCAUGCAUGAGGAUGAGAAUCAACAUGGACAUGGGCAUGCGUAUGAGUGCAUUGAAAAGUAAAAAGCACAAUCAUGAUAGCGCAUAUUAUCCCAACAUUUUUUCUACCAAGAAGAACAACAAGAAGAAGAGUAUCUACCAUAACAAAAAUUACGACGAAGAUGUCAUACCGAUUAUGACCGUGAAUACGUCUUUGUACAGGCACAAUAUGGACAACAAAUACAAUUGUAACAACACAGCAUUUGAUUACAUUAAGAAUAAGGAUAAUACCAUUAAAUUUUUUGCCUCUCCGAAGAAAACAAGAAAAAACAAUUCAGUUAAAAAAUCUGUUAACAAUGCAGAUAGUUUUUAUUUCUUAAAUUCCUCUAUGAUUAAUUCGGACAACAUUUACAACAACAAUUUGGAGAGCUUGGAUUCUAAGGAUUCGGGGGAUGGUAAUGAUUCCACAUUUGUUUUUCACAAGGAUACAUUCGAUGGUUUAAAUGAUAAGAUGAAAAGCAAAAACCAAGUGGACACAAGAAAUAAUCCCAUGGGUGGUAUACAAAUGGACAAAUUUGACAAUGCCUCGGAGAAGAACUUGUGCGAGAAAUUGCGAAUGGACGAACACACCAGUUUCAUGAAUAAUAACAACAUUUACGAAUUUGGGGGCACCAAAAAUGCGUAUGACUUUAGAAACAAUGACAAUGAUGGAAAUGGGAAUGGGAAUAGCAGUGGCAUGGGCUACAUGACAAGGGAUACUGAGAACUUCUCAAGCAAAGGUGGAAGCUUUUGCUACAGAGCAGGCGGAGCAGGAGGAGCUACUAAUGACUCCAUGCAACCGUUUCACAUGAGCAUGACCGACAUGUAUGGAAACGCCAAUAACAAUGUCAAUAUGAACAUAUUUAGCAAUAUACGCAUGUACGAGCAGAAUUUUAACAAGAACGGGGAUCAUGGGGACAGUAGAAACAGCCUCAGUAGAGAUUACGACAUGGACAACCAUGGCGGUAGCUGCAUGGGACAGGGACCCUUCACCAAGAGUAGCUUCGUGGAUAGAAGCUAUUACGACAUGGAGCAAAGGAGUUUUUCCUCGAACAACUUUGGCCAUUUUUCAACCAGGGAGAUGGCCAAAAAUGAACUGCAGUACAACAGCAUUUUCCGCACAGGUCUGUCCAAGCCGAACUUUGUGGAGCAAAAUCAAAAUGAAAGUCAGAACCAAAACAACACAAAAUUCCCCAUCAAGGAGUUACGUGAAAGGUACCCCACCAAUUGCACGGGGACAAACGCGGAGUACAGUGACACUCAUGGAGACAAUGGCGGCGGCCACCGCCACAACAACAGCAAUGAUGAUGCGGUCAAUGGGGGGGACAAGUGCAACUAUUUCGAGUGCAAGUAUGAUAACAGCUCAAACAAACAUGCUAACGGAAAAAACAGCCAAAAGAUAGCGGAUUAUUUUCUCAGCAAGAAUGCUGAAAAUUAUGACCCCACGGAAAAAAAAAAUAUAAUAAAUGAGCAGUAUGGCACUGGUGAAUCUCAGAACAGUAUGAACAACGCUAAGGCAGACAUGAACAUCCUAAAGAUUACGCAACAAAAUAUUGACAAAAAAUAUAUUCUAGAUAAAAAAAUUAAAAGCAGUAUGUCAUUUUAUGCAAAUAAGAAAGACACAGAUAAUUCGACAGUAACUUUUAAUUCGAAAAGGUUAAGCAAUAGCAACAUUAUUGUUAACGAAAAUAGAAAAAUCAGAAGGUACACCAAUAAAAUAUGUCAGGAUGAUAACACAUCUUUUGAGCAUUCAGAAAAUGGCAAAGGACAAGGUAAUAAGAAAGGCAGUGAAGAAUCUCCUUCAAGCAGAACCAGCGAAACUUCGAUGUCUAGUGCUUUCAAAAUGGCUACCUCUGUUUUUAAAAAAUUAUUCUAG